GUACCAAACGUAAAAAAAUAGAUGAUGAGUAUGAUGAAUUGAACAGCUACCUUAAACGAGUUAAAGAGGAAUCUUCACCAUCAGACUAUGGUGGAAGAGGAAAUAAAGGCUGGCCUUCCAGACAGUACGGUGAAAAUCCUUUAUACUUAAAUCACCGCCCGGCUUCUGCGUCUGGAAAUCCUGUUGCAAUCUAUCAUCCAGUAUUUGAGAAGUUUGUGAAGGAUUGCCGAACCGCUGUUCCCACACAGGAAACCUACGAUCAUGUUUUAGAACUUACUGAAAGCAUGUCUGAUGCGUUCCGUAAUGAAGAUUUACGAACAGAUGAGUUUCACCGUUUGCUAGAAAAGUUUAAUAUAACAGUCAACAGAAUUUGUAUUGAUAACUGCACAACGGAUGGUACCGCCUUGGCUGGAAACGGAUCUUUUUUUUUUAUCAACGUUGAAGUAAAGCCUGAACUUGGGGAGGGAAAUAGCUGUCCGUAUAUUCAGGGUAUUGCAUAUUAUGGGAAGAAAGUAGCUAAGAACGUACGCGUUUGCCUUGUUUUAUCUUGCCCAUUUCUCGGAGUUGCAGGUGUCAUCUGUAACAAUCGUAAAAUAUUGGCUGACCCUCUAAUCGGACCUAUCCCAUUGAUGUUGCUUCGAUAUGAUAGAGAACAAAUGAUGAAGAUUGCACGAGUGUUCACUGCUCUCGAAUCGGCCUAUAAAAUGCUUCGUGAAUAUUACAAUUCGCCUGAGACAGGUCCACAAUCAAUGUGGCCCUAUUAUCAAGCAUUCAAUUAUCAACACAAACAGGUGAAGUUUGAGUAUAUAAAGCAGCUGUAUAAGGAUAAGUUACUGUUUGUGGUGGAAACCAAACAAAAUUCAGAUUCAGACAUUCCUCAGAGGUUACUUGUUAAGUUCACAGAAUCAUAUGGGGAAGUGGUGCACAAAUUCUGUGCUGAUCAUGGAUUUGCCCCUAAACUAUUUGGGUGUUACAAGCUCUCUGAGCGAUGGAAAGUGGUAAUAAUGCAAUAUUUGGAGGACUAUGUCAACUUGUUUGAUGGUGCAAGAGUUGAGUGGAAAGAGAAGAUUAAAAAGUCCAUUGAGGAAAUGCACCAUGCUGGGUUUGUGCAUGGGGAUUUGAGAAAACCCAAUAUUCUCUAUAAAGCAACAGAUGAAUCUGUAAAUGUAGUGCUAGUUGACUUUGAUUGGGCGGGUGAGGCUGGCAAAGUCUUUUAUCCUUCCUUCUUGAACAUUGAAAGUGUCAAAAGACAUCCUGAUGCAAUAUCUGAUAAGGUUAUCACUCCAGAGCAUGAUAUAUUUAGUUUAAAUACGUUGAUGUAA